AUGGUCGGCACAUGGACGGAGAAGCAUACGCAGAAGUACUUUCGGGCCGCGGUGAAGAAACGCGUGGAUUUCAUCGGCACGCGCAAACAUUUAGAGUUCACGGACCAGGUGCCGCCCACGCACGAGUGGACGGCUGAGCUGCUUGAGCAGUUCAACCGCAACCUGCGUGGUGUGUACAAUGGGCCUUUUGACUGGGAGACGACGGAGGUCCUGUUGAUGAAGUACAUCAUGACGGACGACCUCUUGAACUCGCUCAAGAAUCUAUCGAAAGACGUCGCGCUGCCUCACCUUGUGCGGCUCGUCCUGGACUGGGCCUGCUGGGACCCGCCGGAGGAGGGAGCGUGGCCGCCGGGCUUGAGCAUGCGCCGCUACUUCAUGAAAUGGCGCCACUGCGAGCCGCUGAACUUCAAGUCGGACACGUCGACCGACGUCGACAUGGAGCAGGCGGCCAACGCUCUGCUGGAUAUGUGGAUCGCCAAUGACCGUCUGUAUGCGGACACACCUGUGCAGUAUCGCGAGGCGGAGGAUGUCCCUGGGGUGACGCAGUACAAGUUGAGGAUGCAAGAUGUCACGGACGAACAGCGACGCGAGGCGGCGGAGGCGUUGGAGGCAUACCUGAACCAGGAGUGGCGGUGCGGUGCGCCGUUGCAGAUGAAGGCCUGGAUCAAGGUCAGGUCGUACAAGAGGCCAGAGAACCUGCCUCCGGCUGAGAACGACACGGUGAUUCGCGGGCCAUACAUGUGCCUACAAUGCGUCAAGGCUUGCAUCCUCGAAUGCCGUGUUCCAAACGAUACCGAAUUACCCAAGUGCGUGUCGUGCCGUGUGCGCAAGAUCAAGUGCGCCUAUCAGACCGAGCUGGUUGAUCCGCGCGCGGACCCAGCCUUCUUCAACCCGCCCCGCGCGCUAUCCAAGGCAUUGGUCUCUCAAGGUUCCAGUACAGGUCCGUCGUCGUCUGCUGGCGCGUCCGGCAGCGCAAAGCGCACAGCAGACACGUUGUCUGAGGAGGAGAGGGAGGUGAAGCAUACCCGGUCUUGA